AUGCCACUCUCACGCCUCUCCCUUGAUGUAGCCAUAAUCCAGUACGAGAACGGAAUCAUUGUCAAUUUGCAUAGCCUUGCAAUAGGAGGAAAAAACCAAGCCGGUAGCUCAUGCACAAGUAAAAACAAGGAAGAUGUGGAGAAGUAUCAUGGGAAUAGUCGGUUAAUGCAUGGCCCAUGCGACUCUAGAUCGAGUUUCAUGCCGGGCGCGUUGCGUCAGUUUUGUUACGGGCAAUGCCUUGAGUACCUCAUCGACAGAACGUCGGAUACCGAGCUCUCUAGACUAUCAGAAAUUGAAAUUCCAAAAUCAAAGGAUGCUUUCGAUACGGAUGAUCCACUAGCUUGUGGGAUAUUUGAUCUCACAGGGAGAGGUGACGGGCAUAUCAAUAGACUGCUGCAGGAAAAAGAAGGUGUGCUGGAUUUGUUAAAAAAGCACGAACAUAAAAAGAGGACAAAAGAUAUCUGGAGUAACAGACCUGCAAUCCAAAACGGUGACUACAAUGAACAAGCAUACGUUACGCAUGUCAUUGGUCGCAUACUGAACCCAAUUUUUACAUAUUACGAAUCGCCGCUCAUCCGUGGAUGGGCUGAGCAAGUCAGUGAGUCAUCUCAUGAUCGAAAGAAAGAGAUGAGCUCAACUACCACUGGGAACAAACCCGAUUUUCGGGUGUUUUUCUUCAGAUAG